UGUACGUGUGAUGAGUGAAAAUCUGUAUGUAGACAUUCCUGGCUUCCUCCCUCCCCUUGUAAAUAAAAUGACAGCAUCAUCCACUGGCAGCUUUCAGACACCUGCUCAACAAGACUCUGUCCAGAUUCAAUUUUGUGGAGUUUUACAUCUGAGAAACAUUCAUCAUGGCAUCCAAGAUGGUGAUUCAGCAGCCCAAGCCUCUGGUAGUGGCUGCUGCCUCAGACCAGUGGAGCACCAGCAUCUGUGAAUGUGACAAUGUUAAUGAAUGUUGUUUCUCCGUGUGGUGUUUCCCUUGCUUUGCCUGCAUUACAGCCAGAGACCACGGAGAAUGUCUAUGUCUCCCCCUGCUGGACAGCUGUGGAUUCAUCCCUCCAAUCACACUCUCCAUGAGGGUGUCCACACGCAAACGCUACGGAAUCAAGGACUCUAUUUGCAAUGACUGUGUGUAUGCUUUCUGCUGUGGACCUUGCUCAUGGUGCCAGAUCAGAAGGGAGAUGAAGACAAGACUUCAUCCUGUCACUCUGUUCAACAACAAGCCAACAUAAAAGUACAUCAACAAAAUCAUCAUGCAUUAUCUUCAUCACUACUUGUCAUUGUCUUCCCCAUCACCCUUGCCUUUGUUCGGAUUCCUGUCAUGUUAGUCAUAAAGAAAGACUUGCUUGUUCUGCAGGUCAAAUCUGGAGUUUUGAUCUCCUCUUCCUCCCACACACACUGAUCUGAGGUCUGUUUUUGCUGGGCCAUUGUGGAAUGUCCUGCAAAUAUUGUUGGCGUUCAGCUCUGAUCUAUGGGGAGUGUUAUGGAGUGAAGAAUACAGUCUUAUUCACUUAUAACCACUGGAUCCUUCUGAUAAAAAAUUAUUUGUAAAUCUGAAACUUAAUAGUAGGCUACACAGCACAUUUUUGAGAUCUAUAGUCAUGAAACCUAUUUUUAUUACUGAUUGUUGUUUUCAAAUUUUAAUUGCUCAGCUUCUUUUAUAUUGUAUAUGUAGUAUUUUUUAAAUAUCAGCUUAACAGUAUUCUGCACACUGUAGUUGAUUUAGUUAUUUUUGAGACUAUCAUUUUGAAAAAAAGUUUUGUGUGAAUGCUUUUUCACAUCUUUAUAUGACUGAAUGGAUAAAAAUGAAUAUGUUUGGAAACUCAAUAAAGUUGU